AUGUUUGCUAAUCGUAGUCUUUCAUUAUACGGUGGACAUGAUGAUGAAAUUAAUUGUCUUGUUUUUUCAAAUGAUUUUGAAAUACUUCUUACAGCAUCAAUUAAUGGAUUUAUUCGUAUUAUUCGAGCAUUGGCUAUUUCGAAUGAUGAUAGAUAUUUUGCAUCAACUGCUAAUGAUACUAAUGUUCGUUUGUAUGAAACAAGAACUGGUUGUUUGUUAUAUACACUUACUGGUCAUACACAUUCAUCUGAUUGUCUUCAUUUUUCAACAGAUAGUCAAUUAAUAGCAAGUGGUGCAUGGGAUUGUCGAACAAUAUUAUGGAAUGUGAUAGCAACUGGCUCACACGAUCAUAUUGUUUAUCUAUACAAUUUUGAUAAUCCAUUACCACUGAGUCCUAGUAUGCUUCGAGGACAUUUUGGUAAUGUUCGUGCAUUAGCUUUUUCAAAUCUACCAUUUCUAGCAUCGGCUGGGUGGGAUAAGAUUAUUGUCAUUUGGCAAAUUGAAAUGACUCGUAUACGUGCUCGUCUUUUCGGUCACACAGGAUGGAUUCAAGCAAUUGCAUUUCGUAAUGAUGAUGGCUCUAUAUUAGCUAGUGUCGAUGAUGAUACUGUUCGUGUUUGGAACAUAUUUAGCAAUGAUUGUUUACAUCGACUUUCGAUUGUCAAUGAUUUAUCUUGUUAUGUUCGGUUUUUACCAAACAAUCGUGGUCUUCUAGUCGGUGGUGCUGUUUAUGAACUGUUAGCAGAACAAUGGACAUCUCCUCGAGAUCGAGCACGUACAAAACGUAUACGUGAACCAGUGACUGGUGAGACUGUCUUAAUGUCAAGACAACAAACACUUUUACCAAGACGAGCACGUCGUGAUAUGAGUAUCAAAAUUCCAACACAUAGAUCUCGUCCAACUACACAACGAUCUAUACUUCGAAAACGAAUACCUGUUGAAUAG